ACAAUCACACGUAUUCUCAAACGAAUACUGAAAAAUGUUACUGUUAUCUAUCAAGAUGAUUUUUAUAAACCCGACAAAGAGAUUCCUAUUGAUAAAGAAACCCAACUAGCAAAUUGGGAUUGUCCAGAAGCAAUAGAAUUUGAUAGACUAUUAGAUGUUUUAUCCUUUGCCAAGAAAAAUAAGGGAAAAUUGCCUGAAGGAUAUGAUUCAAAAGAAGAAUUAAAUGUUCAUGAUGGAUCUAACCAAUUGGAUGACCAGGCAGCGAUAAAACUACAAGAGAUGCUUUCGUAUCUAGUAAAAGAAGACAAUCAUUUUAUUAUAGUCGACGGGUUUAUGUUAUAUUGGGAUAAUAGGGUGUACCAACACUUAGACUGUAAGAUAUCUCUUACAACGUCUUAUGAGACUUUGAAAUCUAGAAGAGAGCAAAGACAAGGCUAUCAUACUGCUGAAGGGUACUGGAUUGAUCCUCCAGGCUAUUUUGACAAGAUCGUAUGGUCAGAAUACCUUCGACUAAGCCAACAUGAUCGUUCACUCAAAGACAUUGUCGUUAUCGAUACAGAAAACAACUCAAUAGCUCAGACAGCAUUAAAAGUGGCAGAUGGUUUAUGUAAGCAUUUACUUUGA